AUGCUGUUGACCCUGCUGGUGAUCAUUUCCACCUUAAUCACAGUGGUCUUGUUGCUUGCUCCCUCUCAACGAGAUCCGGCCGAUCAAAAAUGCACCGUCCAAGUCGUGGUCCUUGGCGAUCUGGGCCGAAGUCCCCGGAUGCAGUAUCAUGCUCUAAGCAUAGCUGAUCAUGGAGGAUCUGUCCAUCUCGUCGGCUAUCGAGACACAGAACCAUUGCCAGAGCUGGUUGCACAUUCCAAUGUGACUAUCGUGCCACUACCACCUGCACCACGCGUACUACAAACAAGCAACAAGCUUCUGUUUCUGGCCUUUGGGCCGGUAAAGGUACUACUGCAGACAUGGCAUCUCUGGCGUACCUUGGGUUACUCCGUUCCAGCCUCGAAGUGGAUGCUGGUCCAGAAUCCACCUUCUAUUCCCACCCUCCUGGUUGUCACGAUCAUUUGCUUUUUCCGAAACACAAGACUAGUCGUAGACUGGCACAACUUUGGCUAUUCCAUCUUAGCCCUUAAACUGGGAUUCGGUCAUCCCAUGGUUAAAGCGUCGAAAUUGUACGAGACCGUCCUUGCAAGAGCCGCCAAUGCCAACUUCACCGUCACGAACGCCAUGGCUACAGUCCUCAAGUCGGACAUGGCAAUCGGAGCACCAAUUCUGACUCUUCAUGACCGGCCAGCGAAUCUGUAUCAGCCUCUUGCGGAUUCAGAGCGCAUCGCGUUCCUGCAGAGAUAUACACCUUUGUCAGAACAUUUUAAUGCCAUCAUCGACAGAAAAGUAAGGCUCGUUGUCUCGUCAACGUCUUGGACGGCAGACGAAGAUUUUGGACUUUUCCUGGACGCCCUUUGCAGCUACUCGGCGAGCGCUACAUCUUCUCAUCCUCAGCUACCAGAACUUGCCGUGGUCAUCACUGGUAAAGGUCCGCUCAAACAGCAUUACCUGGAUAAGAUUCAGAAGCUACGCAGUGGUGACGCCCUGGAGAUGGUCAACAUCUACACCGACUGGCUCUCAUUCGAAGAUUAUGCUCUCCUACUAGGAUCGGCAGAUCUGGGUGUGUCCUUGCACACAAGUAGCAGCGGAGUUGAUCUGCCGAUGAAAGUGGUCGACAUGUUUGGAGCCGGUCUUCCUGUGGCAGGCUGGAGCAAAUUUCCAGCAUGGCCAGAACUGGUCACCGAGAACGUGAACGGCAGGGGUUUCGACAGUGCUGAGGGACUGGCUGAUAUCCUGCGCGAAGUACUCGAUCCCGACUCCAAGCAACUCGUGCUCCUUCGAGAGGGUGCAAGACUCGAAAGCAAGCACCGGUGGGAUUCUGAGUGGGAUCGAGUGGCUGGCAAAGUCCUUGGUCUCGUGUCAUGA